AUGUCACGUGACGUUUUGCCCAGACCCAAGGCCCUGUUUGCAAAAAAAUUCCGCGAAGUACUGGAUUAUUACAACAAAAUGGCAGCCGAAAACGACAACCCUGACGACAACGAUGAAUCGGGUGAAGACAGCACAUUAAGAAAGCUGUCAGAUUUGAGCAAGUACUCUUAUGCAAGUGUUUGUAGUAUUAUACUGUCAAACUUGUUUGAGACAUCAGCUGAUAGGUAGGUCCUUAGAUGCAGUGUUGACUGUAAGCUUAAAUUUUGAAUUGAAGAAGCUGCUGAUCUUUUUAAUUUGGCUGUUUGUUUACUAUGUUAGAUGUUAAACCACAAAUUAUUAUUUUUUAACUUUUGUUUAGUUUUAGGGAAAAGUAUAUCAUAUUUGUUUCUGGAAAAAAAACGUUUUUUCGGUCCGUAUAUAAUCCCCGGCCUAAGAUUUAAAGUGGCUUAUAAAAUGCUCCUAGCCUAUAUAGUUCAGGACGUGAUCAAUCGAUGAAAAUCGAUGAUCGGAAAAUCAAUCGAGUAAUCGAUGACAAUAGAUUAAUUACUGUUGAUUAGCAUCGAUUGGCAUCGGCCAAUUGAUGAUCAAUCGAUAAUCCCACUUGGGUGGUCGCGAACUUCAUCGAUUGCCAUCGGUUGGCACUAAGUUCAUGUCUCCGUAUCUUCAGGUAUCGCGGGAGAGUACGCAGAUCGUAUAUUAUUUUAACCAUGAAAAAAGUCACUUUUUUUUAACCUAAAUGACAGCUCUCUCGGCCGUCAUGUGAAUGCUGCGUCAAGCAAAACCUUAGAAAUUCAAGCGUAAUCUAAUAAAAAAACAAGAACUCGCUAGUUUUUAUACUCAAAUAAAAAGCCAUGAUAUCAAAAUGUGUAACUUUAUUAGUACUUAAUUGAAAUGUUUGACUGAAUAGGUAAUCGAUUGAUAUUGCAUAUUUGAUAACAAUCUAUUAUGUUAAUUGAUCGAUUCCCAUCGAUUGAUAUUGAUAAUCGGUGAUAAUGAAUAAUCACAAAAAUUUUCGUCAUCGAUUGUCCAUCGAUUAUCAAUAUCAAUCAAUUAAUUGAUAUCCAUUGUCAUCGAUUGUUAUCGAUUGCCAUCGAUUAUCAAUUGAUAUUGAUAAUUGAUGAUAGUCAAUAAUCACAAAAAGUUUCGUCAUCAAUUGGCCAUCAAUUAUCAAUAUCAAUCGAUUAAUUGAUAUCGAUUGUCAUCAUUUGUUAUCGAUUGCCAUCGAUUAUCGAUUUCAUCGAUUGUUCACGUCCUGAUAGUUGCAACCACUUGACAUCGAUAAGGCGGCCAUGUUGGGGGUCAAGGUUUUUUACUUCCUACCAUAUCGACGUUGAUACUUUUUAUUUGUUUCUGACUUAAUUCAGUACGCGUGUUAGCAACAACCGGAAAUACGUCUGCGGUCACAGGCUAUACGCGUGUAUAGAUACACGAAAAUUCAAGGGCCUUCAUUCCAGAGAAAUUACAUCAUUGCCAGAGAUCAAAAAAGUGAUUUACAUGGCACGUCAUUUCAGUCAUAGCCCAAAAUAAACUGCAUGUUCAUCACAAGAUCCAUUUGCAUGCAAUAAAAGUUUACACCUGACCAUCGCAGUUUUGCUAACUAAAUUUCUUAUUUUUUUUUUACCCCUCAGUAGUGUUAACUUAACUGUUCCAAAGUAAUCAGUGCUUUCAAGCGAUACAAUUCUUGGACCAACAUUUUUCGGAAAAAGCUCUAAGUUUAAUCUUCCCUAAGCUUUCUUUGCAAAACAUGUGUGGCUUCGAUCACGCAACAAUUCUUAGUCCCAGUUGCCACGGUCUCCGCAAGGAACGCCAAUGGCACAAUGACCUCCAUUUGUGUACAAAAUACCAAAAAAAUCGUGUCGCAGAUUAUGAGUCUCGCUGCUUAUGCAAGCGAGUCUAAUAACCAUUUGGAAAGAGUUGUAAACCAUCAUUUUGCAAGCUGUUCUUUUUUGCUUGACUUAACACUAAUCUCUAAAUUCCUGUUGGAUUUUAGGAAAUGGAGUGAACAAGUUAUUAAAGCAAUCGUAAAGCACCUUGAUCUGCCACAACAAGGUACUGGUAGUACUUAUACAGAUCUCAGCUAUGUUUCCCUAAAUACUAUACACAUGUAUGAGUCCCUCUAAGGUAGAAGGGGGGAGGGGAGGGGUUGGGUAUGUAUUUUGCUAGUCUGAAUUUCAAAUAUGGUCAUUUCAGGUUUUGAGGUGGAGUAGACCAUGUCCCUAUUGGUAUUUUACUCCAUCUUACGUCAUUUGUUGUCAUUUUAUGCGGUUUUAUGUGGCUGUUUCAAAGUCAUGUCACUUGUUGAAAUUUUACCCAAACAGGCUAGGACCUCAUGACUGUAUUGCCUUUUGGUAGAAUAAUCCUGAUUCAAACCAUCUUAAUAUACAAAUCAACAUACAUACAAUCCUAACUUCAGUGGAACCGUGUAAUCCUAUUUUUAGUAGCUUUUAAGUUUAAAAGUUAGGUCUUGUAUUAUAGACAGCAGUUUUUGGCAAACUGUUAAAGACUUGCUGUUAAUUUUUGUCCAUUAGUUCUCUCAACACUCCUACAUUUGGUUCAAACUGAAAAUUGUGAGGAUGAAGCAGAGAAAAUUGAUAUGCAGAUGGCACCUCUUGUAGCUGCUCUCAAGACUGAAUCACAUUUGCAAGACACACUUGUACUACUUCCAAAGGUACUUUUAACACAUUUACAUUCAAGUUUCUCUUAUUUCCACCCAUCCUCCUCCCUUUCCUUUGGAAAGAAAGAGAGGAGUAACAAGGAAUGGAAAAACUAAUAUGACAGGCUUUUUUUGCUACACUGGUUCCAUAUUGGAAGAAAUGUGAGGUACAUGCAAUGUAUUAUUAUGUAGUUAAGGGAUUAUAUAAUUUAAAAGAAUUGGCUGUAAACAGACCUGCCAAAACGUUAUGUGGGGCCCAUAUAUAUAUGGUAAAUUUAAAAACCUCAAGAAGUCACUAAUUGGAAAUGUUUUGUGAACCUGACUAUUCCCUAUAAAUUAAGCUAAUUCUGACAUACGCAUAAGCUACUUUGCGCAUGCAGUUGUAAAUAAAUUUCCAGGCCUGGUUCCUGAUCUGAAAGCUUGAUUUGCGCUAAUCCGGGAUUAAAAUUUUGUUUGGUUUUCGUUUUUUACCUUCCUCUUCAUUGCUUAGAGUAAUAUUUUGUAUUAUCAUUACCCUUACUGCAGUAGAGGCUCAACAGUAUGUUAUAAGCUUUAGUUGAGUGUUCUUUUAAAAUACAAUCCUUAAAAUACAAGAAAAUACUUAAUCCUGGGUUAAAGUUAACUAUCUCUAUUGGUAAGUAGCUUUGUAAGUAGUUUAAAUUAUACAAAAGAGCUACAGUGAAACAUCUUUAGGCUGACACCAUAACCCCAUUGUUAUUUGUAGUAUUAUAUAUAAUUAUGGAAACAUGGCCACCAUGAGAAUUAUAUGCACUUUACAACAAAGGUGUACCAAAUAUAAUAAAUAUAAUAACAUAAGAACUACUUAACAUAAGAAACUUUAUUUAAGUGCAAAUGUAUUUAGCUGUACUAAAUAUAAGACAGCUAACUGGGGACACAAAUCUAAAAAUAUGUAAUAAUAAUAGUAAUAAUAAUAAUCUAUGAUAAUAAUAAAUAGUAAUAAUAAUAAUGUUAAUAAUAAUAAUAAUAAUAAUAAUAAUAAUAAUUGGGCACAAUAAUCUAAAAUACAUAAUAAUUCAUAAUAAUACACAUUAAAAUCUUAAAAAUCUUGAAAUCACAAAAUCAGGAUCUGCAAAGGUCACAACAGUCACGGUUAUUUACUAAAUACUACAAAAUUGAUAGUAUUCUUGAAAGACUGAAGACUAGGUGAUUGCUUGACCUUGUUGUUUAGUCUCUUCCAUAGUUCAUGUCCAAAGUAAUGAAUUGAAUGUUUGCUGUAGGUUAUAGAAUAGCUUCGCCAACAGGCAGUGCCCACGGCAUUGUGUUAUAUUAUAUGCGCGCGCCGGUUUUCCCUUGUUUUUUCCUUUAGUUUUAGUAGUGUCUGGUAGGAGGCAGACUUACCUCUGUAUACUGCUUUUAAGGCACGUUCUUGAAGGCGUUCUAUUUUACUGCUGUCCAAGGCCUUACAGAAGUGCCAUACAAUGUGGCAGUAUGUAAGGUAAGGCAGGAUGCAAGACUUAUAAAUUGUUAACUUAGCUGAACAGGGAAUAAGAUUGUGCAGGCGCAUUAGGAUCCUUACUUUCUUACUGAUAUCACACAGUUCACUAAUAUGGCCACUAAAGUUCAUACUGUAAUCAAUGUGGAUGCCAAGUAGUUUGAUGUAAUCUGUGUUUGUAAUGACCCUGCCAUGCAUCUAUGCUUAUGUCAGUGUAUUAGUCUCCUAGGUCAAUGUUUCUAGGAUUAAGGAUCAUUGCCUGGAAUUUGUCAGGAUUUGUGAGUAGAUAGUUAUCACGAUACCAAGAUGCAGCAAAUUGACCUUCCUACUCUAAGGCUUCCCUUACAGCUGUAAAAUGAAUUCUGGACGUGUACAACUGGUGUUGUCCACGUACAUCGAAAGUUUAGUGGUAGUUAUGGAGCACGGCAGGUAAUUCUGAAAUAAGUUCCAAAGAAAGGGGCAGAAGGAAGACCCCUGAGGACACCUACUGCUCAUUUGAUACCAGCUGCUUUCCCCAAUCUUACUCUAUCUUGAUGGUUGUUUAAGAAUGAUCGCAUGAGGUCUAACGCUGAGUGUGACUCAAAACCGUAUGCUCCAAGUUUUGUUAGUGUCAGUGAGUAGCUGAAAGAGUCAAACACUUAACUCAUAUCAGUCUAUAGAAUACAUACUAGCUCUUUUCUGCGUGUCUAUUGCUAGUUUCCAGUCCUCAGUUAGACGUAGUAGAGUCUCAGGUCUCACAGCUGUGUCCCUUUCUGUAAGCAGUGCUUUGGCUUAAGAAAAUAUACGGUUGAGUUUCACAGUCACUUGUUUACAGAGCAGUUGCUCUUGAACACUUUGUCAAUGGUUAAGAGGAAUGUUAUCGGUCUGUAAUUCUUGACCUCUUGUGUAUCACCAGUACCAACAACAACAACAAUGUGAACAUUACAUUAACCCCUGCUUCUAUUAAAACUAAAAGUCUAAUUGUUGACUUAAAUUCCUUUGUAGCUGCUUCAUGUAAACAGUUUAAAAUACUAAAAAUUUAUCUUAAUCAUUUAAUGCAGCUAUUGUGCAAAUGAUUGAUUAACUCAAAACAUUAAACGUGCUUAAAACAAGUUCUUACAUAUGUAUCUUUAAGUAACAUGGUUGUACUUGCAUAAUUUCCAAUACAUUCUUUAUGUACUAGGAUUUGCUGAGUCUUAUUCAGGAAUUAGGUAAGCUGUGCAUCAUUAGAAUUUGUUAAUAAAUUAAACAAAUUCUGUAUAUAAACUCACCAAGUCUGAUUUUGAAGCUCUUUGCCUUCAGUUUUAUUGUUUUAGGUAAAACAACCUCUUAAUCCUUAAAAAUUUAAAGGAAUAGUCAAGUUUUAUGAUUGAAGUGGCUUUAGAUCUCAAAGUUACGGUAUAGUUUAGAAACUCUCAUCUGCCCCCAGUUGUUCAAAAGAUGGAUAGCACUAUCCACCGGAUAAAUCUCUAUCCAGCAGAUAGGGGUGAGGACAAAACAUGGACCAGGGGUCCAUGGACCCCCACCUUGGACCAGGUCCAUGGACCCCCUGCCCCCUGUCAUGGACCAGGUCCAUGGACAGUUUUUUUAAAAUAAUGAGAAAUGAACAAAAACAGAAAUAGAGCAAAAAUAAGAUUUAAAACAACAACAACAACAACAAACAAUACUCGAUUGAUCAGUAUUAUUCAAUGCACGACUUUUACCUCAUGCUGAAAUGCUGCUUGUUCUUAUGAAUUGUUUCCUCUGACGGGUGGAUUAUGCUUUGGUGGCAAACGUUUUGACUGAGCAAAUGUGAAUUUUUUACUGCUUACAGUGAAACCUGUAUUAAGCGGACACCCUUGGGGAAUGCUGUAGUGUUCGCUUUAAAAUACAGGAUGUCCGCCUAAUACAGGUUUCGAUAGAUACUGUCAUAUGAGGUGUCAAAUGCCAUUCAAAUGAACAAUGGAAACAUUCAGAAUUCGAGAGACUACAAUGAUAUACGUUUGCAUAAAGUGGACCACCUGAUCAUCAUACCAUAAACACAGAUUGCAACUCAAAUUUGAAGAAAUCAGGUGAGUGAAACAAGCUCUAUACAAACAAAACGAAAUAGAAAACAAUAGUGUACUGUGAAACCAAUCAAGUCACGUUUUUUAAUGUAAAAAUCGAAGAAUUUGUGGGUGGCAAUUCAAGUCCAUCUUUUGCAUUUCCAGUGUCUGGCAUGUUGGGUGGUGGAAUUUCAUUAUUAUUGUCUGUUUAAUACAGGUUGGCAACAAUAGAAAUGACCAUUUCAGGUACUUUUUAGGUGUCCGCGUCUGCUAUUUAAAAAUAUAGAGGCCUCCGCUUAAUAAAGGUUUCAGUGUAUUUCAUGCUGAGAGGUCAAUGUUUGGUCACGCUGGGCCCAGCUUGUUAGCAUUUUUAGCAGGAUGAUUAAUUCUCAUGGAUAGUGAUUUACAGAUCUAAAUAUCGAAGAAGUGGAUUGUAGCUUAGCCUGAAUUAAGCUACAUCAACUAUGGACAAUUGCGAUGUGACUCAGUCACGAUUGCUCUAAAAGCAAUGAAUUCUAAACUUCAGCUUGUUCAUAAUGCGAGUCUUUGUACGAGAGCGCGUUGGCUUAACAGUGUCUCCUUCUUCGUCGACUGUACAUGUGCAAGCAGAGUAUGUAUAAGCACAACUAAAUAUUUGUGAACAGCAUCUUGUCAAAUCUUAUUUUUGCUCUAUUUCUGUUUUUGUUCAAUUCUCAUUAAUUAAGAAAAAGUGUCCAUGGACCCGGUCCAUGAAAGGGAGUCCAUGGACCCGGUCCAUGAAAGUAGUCCAUGGACCCAGUCCAAAGUGGGGGUCCAUGGACCCCUGAUCCAUGUUUUGUCCUCACCCAGCAGAUAGUGUAAUUGAUUUCUGUGAUUACUUAUCCACUGCAUAGUGAUUUAUCCUGUAGAUAGCACUAUCCAACGUUACAAGAACCGGGGCCUGGCAUAUAACCCAUUCAAUUACUAACAACUCUCUCUACGUUGGUAACUUGUUCAGUGUGCCCUGCAUCUUAGAGAGGUGUCUGCCUCAUAAAGAGUAAAAGAUUGACGACAGAAAUAUACAGGUAGACAUGCAGUAGGUGUUCAAUUUAGGAAGGUGUCUCUCUUUAAAACGCGCCCUUUAUUAUAACAAGAGAGCUAUAGGUUUCUGCCCUUCUUGUUGAUUUCAUGGAAAGUAAGGUCAAAAUCCAGUAUUACACUGUCCACGCAAAGAGUACCGGUACUUAAUGUGGACUCUAGUCCCUGAUCCGACUUUUCUUUAUGUACAGAGUGAAAUAUCAGCUCUAAUAUAAUCAUGAUGUUAUUUCACUGCAGGUGGUUAUGAUGCCAGGUUAAGAGUUUUGAUAUUUUAUUUGGGGGAUCAGCUACUGGUACAGCGUUCAGUGCUGAAAAAUCAUGAAAAUGACCUUGUUGAAAGGUUAAAACAACUGAAAAAUAGUGAACCAAGGUAGGGAAAACAUAUCUGAAUGCUCAAUUGAGAUAUAAUUUUACUUGACUUCAUUGUUGUAUGUAUAAUGUCCACAAGGUUUUGAAUAAUUCUAUUCCUAAAAAGUUGUUUCAUGCUUAGCAACUGACUAUCAAUGCAUGAGGCUGAGAACAGUGAAAUGCGGUUUAUAUGGACACUGAGAGGAAAUGUCCCUAAAGUGAGGUUGUCUAUAUAUGGGAAUAUGUGACUUGGGACACAGAAAAGUAUCUGUUGUCAGUUUUAACUGGUGUCUGUAUUAAGUGGGUUAAUUUUACAGCAAAUAUAAGAACAUUUCAUCGGGACAAAAGAAACUGUCCAUUAUAUAUAUGCCGAUUGGGUGUCCAUAGAGCACAGUUCCACUGUUUUACAUAAAGAAUACAAUGAUUUAAUGAACCUCUAUAAAAUAAAGUCCGUUGAUAUAACUCGAUAUAAUUUUUUUCAUCAAAAUCAGUAAAGAAAUCGGUAAAGCGUGGCAUAAGAGUCUUACGCGCACGAGGCGUGUGAGGCGAGAGAAAAAAAACCGUAUUUUUAGCGUCUCUCCCCAGUUUCGCUUUCUGUUUUCAGCCUCAUUCCAGACCUUUUGUUUGACUGCUCGCACGUACUUGAAUAAGCAAAAAUACGGUUUUACAGUCUAGUUUAAACAAAAUCUAGGAGCGCAAAUUAGUGUGUACCUCGGUGAAAUUGUUUAGAUCUGAAAAUCCUAGUCAUGGAAAAUUGUAAUAUACCUAGUAGCUGUGUCCCUUGGUUUUCAAUAGAAUGAACCCUUUUUAUAAUGAACAAAUUUCCCCAGUCCCUUGGCACUUUGGUAAAUCGAGGUUCCAGUCUAUGUGUGGAUAAAGCUGAUUUUUGUUGCUGGUUAUGAAGAAUAAAUACCUGGGUGAUUUAAGCUAAUCAGGAAUGGAGAAAUUUUUUGGAAUGAAUACAAUGUAGCUGAUUAAGCUGUUUUUAUUGUUCCUGAAAAGCCCCCUUAGGAAGGAGACAAUACUGUAGAUACAUAUGAACAGUAUAAAAGAGUGUUGGCCCGUGUCAAAAGUGCCUCAUGGGGAAUAAUUAGGGGCAAUGUGAAUGCCAAUAUCAGGGAACUCGCAAUGCAUACAAUAUAUUUUACAAAUGCAGAAGUAGAGAGGGAGUUUUCAUUUAUCCUGGUGUUUGUUUGUUACUGUCCCGUCACUGAUGUCAAGCAACCAGAAACAACUUUUAAGAUAAACAGUUACUUAAUUAAUGACCUAAUCCCCAAUUGCUGCAGGUCGAAGCUGAGGUUUCAUCAGUUAAGACUAUAAAAGUUCAGUGCCGGAUCCAGACUUUGAGGCAAUGCAAUUCAAAGUCCUUGUCCCUAAAACCAGGCUCCCAUAAAUGCUUUCAUACCUUUCUUAGAUUCCAGGCUAUCACUUGGUUAUCACUCUUCUUAAAAGAAAGCUACAUAACAAGCGUCAUAUUGAUAAUGUUAAUAACAAAUCUUGCACUGCACUAUUUGUACAUGUACAGCUGUAAUAUGUAGUUGUUAUGUCUCAGGAAGACUUUUUAUAUUGAAGUUUUGGUUUCACCAAGCCUUGCUCAUCAGAGUUGUAUUCUUUUUUAGUGAAGAUGCUGAGGUACAAAGGAAAAAGAAAGUUACAAGGCAAAGGAAAAAAGCUUUUAUGAUUGCACUGGGAGCAAUAGGUGGAGGAGCUUUAAUUGGUAUGUAUUGUACGUGUCCCCUAUAACGUGUAUAACCUGCGACCGCAGACGUAUUUCUGGCCGUCGCUAACACGCGUACUAAGAAGUACGAAAUCAAUUCAGAAACAAAUAAAAAGUAAAUAUCCCGAAGAAUACUCGACGUCGAUAAGGUAGGAAGUAAAAAUCCUUUAGCGAGGAAAUCCUGUUUCGUGUAGAAUUAAUCGUCUCCUCAUUUCUCGAUCUAAUCUCCAAGCAAGCCAGACUAACAGCCGCUGUAAAAGCGUUCUUGUUUUAAGACAGAAAUUCAGAUGUAUGGCCUUCAUAUAGCCAUGAAGCUUUUCACUAACAGCUAAGCUUCCGCGUCACUUUCUUAUCUUGUGUGAUGUCAAAAUGGUUGUAUAUUGCGUGCAUCUUCCAAAUUUGAUCAGCACUGGCUGGUUAUGAAGAAUAAGCUUGGGAAUUAAAGCCAAUCAGAAAUGGAGAAAUAUUUUGAAUAACACCAUCAUCAUCUAUGUUUUCAUAAUAUCAGAGAGCUUUACACUGAGUAUGUUAACAGAUGCGCGUAAAGUCGCAGUAUGCUUGAGGUGUUCAAUGGUUGGAUUAGCUUUUUCACAACCUUUCCUUAUAAAAUGAAAUUAAGGAAGAAAACAGUACAGUACAACUCUAGUUACAUAAUACUCUUUAGUUACAUAAUACAAACGCGCGUUUUUUGAUUUUGUGGCCAGAGUGCAAACAAGCAAAAUUAUAGACAGGAAAGAAUUUUACAUCCUAUUAAUCUAAGUUUGUGGCUUCUAAGGAGCAUUCUUUGUUUUGUGUAUUGAGUAAGCAAAAGUAACUUGAAUAUUUGGUUCACCAUCACCAUUAAUUCGCCACCAUCACCUACCAUCAUCAUCAUCAUCAUCAUCAUCACUGUUGUCGUCGUCGUCGUUGUCAUCGUUAGGGAGUUUAAGAUACCGCGACGGUGACGACCACGAAAACGUUGCUUCAAAAGUGAAUUUGCGUUCUUUCGAUCUCUAUCGCGAUCACUCCAACUCAUUUACUUUGUCAAAUGCAAGCGGACCCUUUUUGAGCCGAAUUCGUAAGAAUCAUAUUCAAGUUCAGAAAUAGAAAGAAUAUUUAGUCGUCGCUUGUUUACUUCCUCCAUAAAACGUGAAAAUAGGCAUUUUCCCGUCGUAGUCGUACAGUGGCGGGAAAGAAAUGUACAUAAAAGCGUGAUGCACGAGCAGAGUUGUUGUUUUGCCUAUUCACCGUAUUGAUUAUUUAAAAAUUGUCGUUGUCCUCGCUGUUGUGACAUCUUAAAGUCCCUAUUGUGAACUUCACCGUCACCACCGCCCAUUGUUAUCCUCAGAAUCAUGAUCAUUUAUUGUUGUUGUUGUUAUUCUUGUCUUUUCUCUAGGUGUUACUGGAGGACUGGCAGCACCGUUGGUAGCAGCAGGUGCUGGUGCUGUAAUUGGGGCCAGCAGUGCAGCUUUUCUGGGUACCACAGCAGGCGUGGCAGUUAUUGCUUCGUUAUUUGGAGCUGCUGGAGCUGGAUUAACUGGUAUGUUGUGUAUAGAUCUAGUGAUAUCCACUCAUCUGUUUUUUCCUCUGCUCUCCUUCCUCCUUCUGUUUCUUCUUUCAUUCCUUUCUUCCUUCUUUUCACUAUCCUUGCCUCUCACCCAUCUGACGAUUUGACUUCCGCUUUAGCUUCUUUCCUUCAUUUCUUUCGUAUUGUUAACAGACUGAAUCAGAACCAAGGAUAACUCUCUCUCCUCAGUCGAAGGUCUUAUAAGUCACUUCCAUAUUUUUUCAUUUUUGUAGUGGGUACUACACUGCCAAAAUUUGGUUGUUUAUGGUAAAUGGUAGCUUGUGGCAGGUUCCCAGGGACUGUCCUUUGGACAAGCAGCUUUCACAUUUUACUAGGCGAUGGCCAUUACUUGCUUCCAAGUCUUGGUCAACGAUGAUUAAGUCAUAUGAUGACUUGCCAGAAGUGAGCUUAAAAAGUUACUUGCCCAGCAAGCUAAUUCAUUUGUCACGGAGAACAACGUUAACCGAACGGGAAAAAGCUAAUAAAUAAAUGAUAAAAAAAAAGUUAACUAAAAGUUUCCCAAGCACUGGGUAGCAAUUACAGCUGUAUGGUGCUUUCACGAAAAAAUAUGAUUUCGUAUUUUCUCAGUGGACAGGUUGUUACCUAUAAAAGGUUUAGUUUUAUUCCUCGCAAAUAUGCUAAAAGAGGAGCUUGCGCGUGCGCAGCGGAAAAUUAUUGCUAUGGAAAUUGGAAACCUAUCGAUGCGAGAAAAUUUGGCUUUGACGUCAGCGUACGGCCGCCUGCCCUUACAGGCUUUAGUGGGUGGAGGAGAAGAGACUCAGUAAGGGAGUUGAAGGGAGGGUCAGACAUGUACCUUCGGUCUGUCCUGGUGUAAAAUUAUCCAGUUUAUAGAGGCAAUCAUUGGAGUUGCUUUUGUUAUCGACAAGUGAAGCUUUGUGUAAUUUUAUGUUUGUAGUAUUUCGUGUUCCUCUAUUGCGCUGCUACAAAAUAAACUACAACAGCUAUCAAGAUUCUUCUGUUAUUUACAGCUGGUUUGAUGGUUUGUUUAUUGUAUUUGGGUUGAAGAAAGCGUUGCAUUAAGUCAAUGGAAUGGCUCUGAAGCUUUUAAAUUCAUGGUCGCAGUUUAUUUUAUCGUAGAUUUCUCUCAAAGUCGAUAUGCAAGAAACAAGAAGGCUACUGCAGUGAAAGACGUCGAGUGGCCAAACGAACAUUUCAAUCAUGUUUAUGCUCGUCAUUUUUUGAUUGUCAAAGCGAUAUGAAAUAUCUGUAUACUGACAAUCUCUUAUAGAUUAAAUAAGGGUGUUUUCUCUUCAGCCUUUAAAAAGAUAAUAACUAGCUCAAUAAUAUAUAACUACAUCACCAAAACCUAAUAAGCCUUCGUCACAAAAAUUCAGCAAAUUGAAGUAGAAACUGUUGAAUCAAAAGGCCCACAAACAAGCGAGCUCCAUGUCACACAGUCGACGAAUUUACUACAUUCACCUGUUCAGAGUAUCGCCCUACAUAACCUGUCAAAGCUGUAAACACAAGAUGUCAGUGCGGAAAAUAGGGCUCUAUUAGGCGACAAAUAGUCUGCACAGAACAAUGCACCCGUAAACUAAGUAGGUGUCGCGGAAUUCUGGGGCUUUAAAGUUAUAUGUUUGUUCUUAGUAAUUUAGCUUUUUAAGGAGAAGGAGACUCCGCUCAAAUAUUUCAACUUCACCUUUUUUUCUUUUUAAGACAUAAAAAUUUUCAAAUAAAACUGAAGUAAUUUUUACUGUUCUCUAAUUUUAGGUGAUUGCAAAGACUAAGGUAUAAAAUACCUGAAAAUUGACUUUCGGAAUUCCAAUCCUGUGUUUUGCCUCUUUUCGCUCUAUUGAAGCUGAUGGGAGAAGCAAACAUUUGUUUCAAAAACAGGAUGUCUAAAAUCUAACAGCGUGAUAUACAUCAGGUUUUACCCAGCAGCUGUUCAGUUAUAGGUUUUGGUGCUUAAUAGUAAACAAUUCAGGGGAAAUUGUGAGUUAAUUUCAGUUUCUUAUGAUGUUUCAACCCCUUCCUAUAGUUUAUAUAACAUUAUAUGUGCUCUUCUGACUUAGCUAAUCCUAUCUCCUUUUAUAGAUCGUUUUCACUGUCACGCAACAAAAAAAAAUAAAUAAAUUGGAAACCGUCCGGUGGAAGAAGCCAAGGAAAUGAAAUGUUAUAAAAGACUAAAAUGUAAACGAUUUGUCCAAAUGUCAGGUCUUUGUAGCCCACAGUUUUUGAUCAUGAGUUAUUUGCCGAAACGUUUCAUGCACCUUUGUAGAGCUUUGUAUGGAGACGCCGUAUUGGUGCACCGUUUUGGUCCACCAAUAUGGCCGCCGGAAAUCAACAAAAACAACUGAGGUUCACUUUUUCUAUUAAAGCUCUUUCUUUUCAUUCGAGAACUAGCAUACGUGCGCAUAAACAUGUCUUCUAAUACUUGAAAUGGUUAUACUGCUGAAAAUCAAGGAGAGACUUUUUUUCAACGAGACAGCAUUCCUAUUUUGGUGUCACGCACUGUAAAAACUCAAAUUUCUGUAUUUUCGAAAUGAAAUAUGCUACGGGAAUGGAAACUUGUGCAGAGAUUUAUUUUUUAUUUAUCUUCAACCUUGUGUAAAUAAGAAUUCGUAAAACCUCGCUAUUUUGAUUUUACAAUUUGAUGACGUCACAGUGAAAACUAUCUAUACGGCGGGACAGUAUGGGUGGCGGUAGUACUUGCCUUCACCUAAUAUAGUUUAUAUGGCACCAGUUCGCAUCCCAGAGUCGAUACCAUAUAAGUUCAUAUUUGGGCUUCCGCUUUUCCAUUUGGGUUUCAGCUGUGAGUGCACAUGGCUGAGUUCUUAGUAGGAGUUCCUAGGCGUUUAAUGUUUUGUCGUUAACUGACCUUGAUUGGCCUGUGAUGCACUAGGCAGGCGAGGUAAUGGAAAAAACAAAGUGAGGCCUAGGCCAGGCCAAACGUCGAACUUCUCAUGAUACGAACCAAACUCUAAUUUAGGUCGACCUAAAUUAAGUUAUGGUCUUCUGUUAAGUCAGACGUCGAACUUAGGACACGCCGAACCAAUAAAUUGAAUCAGACCAAUAAGCAAUUUUAAUAACCUUUCUCCCAAAAAGGCUAAAUGUACAUUAUCAUACAAAUUUUUAAUUUAUUAGUUUAGUUUAUCGCACGUGAAGAUUGAUGUUUGUCCCGGAGACGAUCUUUAGACGUUCUAUCCGUCUGAAGCAGGCGGAUAGAACUUGUUGGACGAUCCAAACUCCUUCAGACGAACUUAACUGUCUGAGCCAAAAGUCGACCUUUUCAUGAACUUUAUAAGUCACUAAGUCUGGUUCGUCUCAUGAAAAGUUCGACGUUUGGCCCCAGGUCUGAGCUAUUACAUUCAAAAUGGUCCUUAAUAAACUUUAAUCAAAACCAGUAAGUCUCAGAUGGAUAGUUACAGGGUAACUUUUGUAUUUUCAGACGUUAUAGCGUAUUGAAGACCACCUAUGUUAAUGAGAUACAUGACGUCAUCGGCGUUAAUUUAUGCCAGUUAAAAAGUUUAUUAAAUCCACAAAGAAAAGAAAAACAUCCCUAUAAUUAGUAGAACGCCGGCAUUAACAUCUAGAACGAAGGCAUUAACUAGUUUGUGAGUUUGUGUAUAAAUGGAAAGACACGACGUUCUAGAUGUCAACGUUUUCUUUGCCCUAGAUUGUUUCUGAACCCGAUUAAUUCCUGUGUGCCUGCAUAAUUGCGGCUGUUUAACAUAAAACAUUUGAAUUGUCUCCCUUUCAGGUUACAAACUUGUUUCAUGCUACACUCGGUGUAUUCGACGAAUUUAUGUCGUGAAACUACUUUGAAGCAAACACGGUUUCUUUGAGGUUUCCUUUUUUAAUUGUUUACAAAUUAAGCUUAAUUUAUGUUGUAUGAAUCGUUUCUCAUUAACAAUGGAGACGCUUAUCGUUUUUUUGUAAUAACUAGCUCAGUUUGUGAUUGAGCGUCACCUGCUCUCGGGGAAUAAAUAUAUAUAGUUUUUAGAAGAAACAAUGCCAGCCCAUAUUGCGAGCUAUAAAACAUUUUUAAAAAGUCGACGCGAUCUUUUUGCUUUAUGGUUUUCUUUUUAUUUAAGUGCCUUAAUUCUCGCUGUCCGCGCGGUAGGGAAAAAUGAAAAAGCGCCAGGAAACUAAUGGACGAAGAGGUGCUUUACCAAAAAUUAACAAAGAAACACACGCAGGAUUCUCCUGUCGUUGAAAGGCUUCGAUCGAGUACAAAACUGUGUGAAAAGUGGCGCCGUUUGCUUUUUCCGUUUCCAAAAUUAACCCAACCCAACAUGCAGUAAGUGAGAACUAUUUUAGAAAAUGUUCAUUAAAAGUAACGAAAUCAACAGCGUAAAGGCAACAAGUGAAGCUCAGAACUAGAAACAACUUACUUUGUUUUGAAGGACGUUGAUUAGCUUUUGCAAAUUCCUCUCGUUUCGUCGCGGAGAAAGUUAAACCAACCGUCCUGGAUGGGAUAAGUUAGUGGUCACUCUUUUUUAUCUUUAUUAAUACGUUUACGUUAACUACAAUAAUGACCCACUUUCUCUGUGAUUUUGGCAACUGAUCCGCACCCUUUUUGACCCUAUUCUACUUUAAUUAAUAAACAUGUGAGAGGAUAAGCGUUUAGAAUUAAUUCGGUUUCUUGGGUGGAUUGUUAACAUUUUUUAGGGAACUGGCUUUAUGCCUACCGUACUUAAGAAGACGACUUCAUCUCCGGUGGAGAAUAAGAACUUCAGGCCUAUUUCUAAUCUUCGCUUUGUUUCCAAAAUCAUUGAAAAAAAGUCUUGCUACCCAGAUAAUUAAGUACCUUGAUGUUAACUUCCUCUGUGAGGUUUUUCAAUCUGCUUACAGAGAAUUUCAUAGUACAGAGAUAGCACGAUCUGUGUUCACUUGACAUUGCUAUUGCUAUUGAUAAUCAGGAAUCAGUCUGUAAUUGUUUUGCUUCUUGAUAUAUCGGCUGCCCUCGAUACUGUAGACGAUGAUAUUCUUCUUUUGCCUCUUUGUAAACGUUUUGCUGUCACUAGGUUCUGUGUUGAAAUGGUUGCAUUCGAGAAUGACAAUCAUAUCUUCCUGAUCGUACAAAGUUCGAUUUUCAUCAAGGUACAUGGGGCUUCGUCUGAUCAUCAGUAACUCUCCAGUAUGGUGGUGACCUCAAGAAGCGCCUGUUGUUGUGAUAUUCCCAUUAUUGCAUUCGACGUUUGGAGAGCGCAACACCUAAUUCCUGUGAUACUUGGUGAUCCUGUGGUGCGGGUGACGUUUCCGCUAAUAGGCAACUUUCGAUAUAUUUAAAUUCAGCAUGAUGGCGAGUCUUAGCGGACACAAACAAAGAAAAUGGUUUAUUCACGUUUACUCAUUUUCUUUGUUUGUGUUCUCUAAGACUCGCUAUAAUGCUGAAUUUUAAUAUAUCGAAAGUGGCCUAUAUAUGUCUGCAUUUUUCGACGUCAUUUUGAAUUACGUCACAUGCGCAUGCGCAUCACGCUUUUGAUCACAUCAACAACUGUUGUCGAAAGCAGGGAGUUAUUUGAGUUCGGCGAGGAAAUGAAUAGUUUUCGAAGCAGGUUUUAUCGCUGAGCUGGCGAUUCUGUCCUACCUUUCUCGGUGUUUCUACAUGGCUAGGUCAAACGAUGUUAUACCAGUCAAAACGAGCUGAAACAGGUAACAGUUGGUCAUCUGUGCUCUAUUGAGGAAUUUACCCGUGCGUUUGAGUCUAUUUAUGUAUCCGCAGUUUUAUUUCUCACCUGCACCAAGAACAAUCCGGGAUAAAGUACGUCUGCAGACUUUUUACCCGUGUAUUCCUCCUUUUAUACGUGUAAUGCUUUAUCGACGUCUGAUAUAUCUGCUCGGCAUCAUUUCGCCUAUAAACAAUAAAACACGAUGAACUGACGUACACGAUCUGAGUAAAGUUGAAUAGUUCGCACAGUGACAUACAAUGGCAAAAGUUGUUGUACCGUUAUGAUGCAUGUCAGGUUCAUUUAUGAUUUUUUUUAUCUUCAAGGCGGGGUGUGGUGGGCUUGGGGGGUUGCGUUUUUGUCGGGAAAAUCCAAAUCCGGAUUUCCGAAUCCAAAAACGGAUUUUGCGUUUUUGAGGGGCAAAUCCAAAAACGGAUCAUGAAUCCAUUAAAUCCAGACUCAGGGCGGAUUCUUCGGAUCAAACCCAAAUCAGGAUUUUUGAGAUUCACAAUCUGAGCGUCUUUUUGGGACUGGAUUUGAAAGAAGUAUUUUUGACGAGCGGUUUUUCGAAAAAAGAAAUGGUACGCGACAGGAGCCGUACAUGUAUGACAUUCCAACUGAACCUAUGUUGGUGGCGCCUUAUUUUUAAAUCCGCUUACUUGUCAUGUUUUUUGUACGUAUGUAGUGUCUGCUUACGCCGGUUUAUUUUCCAAGUAAUUUAAAAAAACAAUUCAUCGGCUUCAGUUUUAAAUAAUUCUGAUAAUUUCACUAUCCUAAGGAGUGUAUUCUAUUCGAGAAACGUUUCUGUUUCAAACCGAAAUAUAUCUACAUUUCGUAUAUUCAUACGUACCUUAUGUUGCUCGUUUUCUCGUUGAGCUUCGCAGGCCUGCCACCUACUUUCUCUGUUUCUCUGUCUAUCUUUUGCUCUAUAUUCCAAAUUUGUGGAAUAUACAAUUAAUCUAAGCUUAAUACCUUGGACAACACAGAUAGAGAAACAAUUUCCGCUUUCCGUUUUCGUGCUUAUUGACUCUACAGUUGUCUCUGCUUUACAAGACGCCGGUGGUUAUGUGAUUUCCCGCCAAAAUAACCUCGAGUUGCAUUUGGGUUGCCAUACCUGUUGAUUGAGUUAUUUUACAUUGGUAUGUUUGUGGUGCGGACGGACGGUCGGGCGGGCGUACGGUCACGUGAUUACCCAAUUUUCUCGGAUGGGUAGAUUACUUUAUUUUCUUACCCGCGGUGCUCCGCUGCGCGCUUCGCGCGCGAGAGCUCCGCUGCUAAUCAGCCUUCAAUAAUACAUGCGCUUUAUAAUUAUUAAGAGGUACAUGUAUAUCUGAAUUGUUGUUUGACAAUAAUUUUGGUCUGUCGUAUAUUUGUUCAAAUUAUUAAUAAUAAUGGUAAUGAGAUGUUCCAGUCAAGAGUAUAUCACCAACUGAUUGCAAUAUUCAUUCAAUCAGAUCGAUUGAAAUAAACGGUUCUUACAUGAAUACAAGUUUAAGAAGCUCGUAUCGACAAAUCACAGAGCUGUGAUAGGUGUUGAUAUAACUUGAACGUACUAGAACUGUGAUCCGUGAAUUGUAAGCCGAAGGAGAGAAAUCAAUUACUCGAUUACUCUGCAGCAGCUACAAUUACCAGCCUGAGAUGGAAAUGCGAGAAGCAAACAAGCCAGAGAAAAAAGGCGGAUAACAAGAUGAACAGCGCCUCCCCCCCCCCCCAAAAAAAAAAAAAAAAAAAAAAUUCGGGGCUACAAGUGGUUUUGGCAUAACCCUUUUUUUAGUUAUAAGUUAAACAAAAAGAGGAAAACUAAAAGAAGAGGGUAUUGUGUGGGGUCGUAGGAAAGUUGAAAAAACCUUAUAAGAUUUGGAGUUACGCGUUCGCACGUCCCCCCCCCCCCCCCCAAAAAAAAAAAAAAAAAAAAAAAUUCAGUGCUAACAGUUGCUUUGCGCUAGCCCCUUUAUUCGAGUUAAAUGUAGCAAGUCAGUGACAACUGAAGAGACCUGGCUAUUGUUAGUGUGAUUUGAAAGCUUCUAAUACACAUUAAACUUUGUAGGAUAUCGUCUCAGCAGAAGGAUAGGAGAAGUCGAGCAGUUUGAAUUUGAACCACUUGGAAAUGGCGAGCAGUUACAUCUUGUUGUCGCUAUUUCGGGGUGGCUAAAAGACGAUGAGCAAGGUUUGUGUAAAACAGUAUUCACCCGUAAAAACAUUACUAGAAGGUAUAGAUUAUAUAGCAAUACAAUAAUUGACGCGGACGGACAAACCGGUUUGCAAUCGUGGUUUUUAGAAACUGGUUAGCCACCAGUUUUUCAAAGUUGAUUUUCGGGGAUGAUUAUUUAAUGUAUCUACAUAUUAUUUCAGUUUUGUUCGGUGUACGUUUUGCCCAGUUUUCAUUUUUGUAAAAACUGUUUUUCAUCGUUAUUUAAGUUUUUUUUUUAUUUAAUUAUUUUAGAAUGAAUACAGCACCAGUAUGUGCAGUAAAGUAUUUUCUAUUCAUUUCACACUAUGCAUGGAAUCCUUUUCCUCUCUCAUGUUUGUAUAGACAUAAAGACUGCAUUUCAGGAUCCGUGGAGACAUUUAAACAUUUCGUUAGAACAGUACAGCUUGAUUUGGGAGUCAAGGUAAACUAUGGCUUGUGCUACAGCGGCUGUCAAUUCAGUGUCCUAUUUUUUCCUUUUUAUUCUCGUUCAUAAGUAAUGAAACCUAUCAAUUUACUUUCUUUUGAAAGAAAGUUAGUCGUACUUUCUGGAUGGUAAAUGACUGUUUUUUUAUGAUUGUUAUUAUUAUUAUUUUUUUAUCAAAACUGACUUGCACUCAAGUUGUACGAAAUGUAAUAUAGUUUUACUUCGUAUAAAAUGCAGACAAGUUUUACCUGAGUGUGUAUCCGGCAGAAAGUGAUACGCUUCAUAGUAUAUAGACCUGCAUGGUCUUAUCGCUUGGUUGUUGGUGUAUUCUGAUUUAGAUCUCAUCAUUAGUGUCGCAUUCUCAGUAUCUAAAUAAGUUAGUAUUUGCAACGUGUUAUCCUUUACUGAUCCAAAUUAACGCCUAUUGAUUUACCCACAAUAAUGACAUAGUUCAAUCAACACGAAAUUCAGUUUCCAAAGUAAGUGAAAUAAUGCGACAAGUUCAAAAAAAUGAAAUGGAACACAAGUAAACUAACACGAAAUGCGACAAUGACAAUAAAGAAGUUAUGGCGGUAAAGUUCUUCCUAAUUGCAUCUGACUGUUUGCUAUAAAAACAAAAAGCAACAUCUUUGAAUCAAUAAUGGCAAAAUUAAUGGAGCAAAGCCAAAAAAGGGUAAAGAUAAUGAUAAAAGAUAUUGUCCAGUUGACAGUUAAAAGGUUUGAUAUUGUCUAACAAAGAAGAUGCUCUGAAAUAUUUAAAAUUAUGUCUGUAAAAAACGUAAUGAUGUUUGUUGAAGAGAUUGAGCUAGUCUCGACGGGGUAAAAGAUUAGAGAUGAACACUAACACAUAACUGUUUUUAUCAGUGUGAAAAUUAAAGCUUUUGAAAAUCCCUUUGGUGAAUGGAACUCGUAAGUGUUCGUUAACGUUUUGAAAUGUGCGACCGGGUCUUUUCCAAACGCGUCGCCUCAACCGAUUGAUAGAUAAUGGGUUAAUAGAUAAAAGCAUUUCUGAUUUCAAGUUAAAAAGACUUCCCUUGCCGCCUUAACACCUGCUACAGCUCAGUCCAUUAGCACCAAGACCGAUUAAAAUACUAGAGUAAGUGCAUGCUGUCCAAAGUUCAUAUUUUGUAAUAUCCCGCAGUAGGUAGCUGCUUACAUAAGUUUGAGGAACUUCUGUAUACAUAUAAGGGACUGUAAGAUCCAACGACUCGACGACAACGAGAGCGUCGCUAAAAAGUGAAUUUACGUUCUUUCAGUCUUUAAAGCGAUUAUUCCUACCCACUUACUUUGUCAAAUGUGGGCGAACCCUCCUGAAGCUGAAUUUCAAGUGACCAUGUCCAAGCUCAGAAAGAGAUAUACAAUUCGUCGUUGCUUGUUUACAUCCUCCUUAAUACGCGAAAUAAGGCAUUUCCACGUCGUAGUCGUGUAAAAACGGGAAAGAAAUGUACAAAAAAAGUGUGAUGCACGUGCGAAGUUGUUAUUUUGCUUAUUAAACCUAUUGUUUUUUUUACCUUCUCGUUGCCGUCCGCGCCGUUGGAUCUUAAAGUCCCUAUUGUUUUUCUACAGGUACUUGGCUGAAAUGGGAAGUGCGAUGUAUUCAUUCUUUACUUUCAAUUCCAUCAGCUUUGUUACACAAGAGGCUCUCAAAUACACCGUCCUUAAUGAUAUGAAGAGAUAUUGGUGUUUCUCUUUGUCGAUGACAAUAAAAUAAAUCAAAAUCGUUGUCGAAGAUAAAGAUGUGAAUGAUUGCCCAAUAAUUCUACUAUAUACAGUGAAACCUGUAUUAAGCGGACACCCUCUAUUGAGCGGACAGUGGCCGAAGUCCCCAAAUUUAUUUCCCUUGAAAUGAAACCUUUAUUAAGCGGACACCUCUAUUAAGCGGACGCAGACACCUAAAAAGUACCUGAAAUGGUCAUUUCUAUUGUUGCCAACCUGUAUUAAACGGACACUUGUAAUUAAAUUCCACUACCCAACAUGCCAGACACCGGAAAUGCGAAAGAUUGCCUCGAAUUGCCACCCACAAAUUUUUCGAUUUUUACAUUAAAAAACGUGACUUGACGAACUUAUUUGAUUAGUUUCCCAGUACAGUAUUGUUUUCUAUUUCGUUUUGUUUGUAUAGAGCUUAGUUUAAUCAUCUGAUUUCUUCAAAUUUGAGUUGCAAUCUAUGUUUAAGGUACUAUGAUCAAUUGGUCCACUUUAAUAAGGAAAUUUAUGCAAACGUAUAUCGUCAUAGUCUCUGGGAGUAUUCUAAACAUUUCCACUGUUCAUUUGAAUGGCAUUUGACACCUCAUAUGACGUUAUCUAAUGACACCUGUAUUAGGCGGACACCCUGUAUUAAGCUGACACUACAGCAUUCCCCGAGGGUGUCCGCUUAAUACAGGUUUCAAUGUACUACAAUACAGGUGCCGUAGUUAGAAUUUUCUACUUCAUGGGGUAGUGUUACAAGAGCUGCUCAGUCAUAUAUGCGGACGAUUGAUGAUAGCAAGUUAAGUGACUGCUGUGAUCAGGCGCUCAAACCUUAACCAUCCAGUCAGCUGAGAUCAUGUUUUGAACCAAUGGCAAAACCCGCACAUAACCACCAUACAUCUUCAACUUUAGUUUUUGAGAGCAAACAUCUUUUCUUGGCGAGUAAAACCAAUAAAGCCGGCAGAAGCUCUGCUCUUACCGCGGGUAAACUGUCUACUCACCACCAGGAGUAGCAAAUUUGGUGACUAAAAAAUUAAUCGUCAGUUACUGCUACAACUACCCUGCGAGCAGAGGCCCUUCGAUCUUCCUAGAUAAGUCGGGAAGUCCCUUCCUCUUCCCGACUUAUCUAGGAAGAUCGAAGGGCCUCUGCUCGCAGGGUAUGCUACAACAACAUUUACAAACGAUCCUCGCCGACCCGUGUAUCACAAACAACAUUGCCAAAUAGUUAUUUUUAAAAGUCACAGAUAACAGACAACAGAGUCUUGGAUGGUAUUUUUGUUUUUGUUCUUUGUAAGGUCUGAUUACAGCUAUUACGUGGCCAUUACUUCUCCUUCAACUGGGAUAUGCUAUUGACAAUCCAUGGAAUGUUUGCUCACGAAGAGCUGCUGAAACAGGAAAACUCCUGGCUGAUGUCCUUAUCUCCAGACAGCUGGUCGGUUAUUAAAAUAUCUUAAUACUGUAGACUCACUGCUGAGCCUUUAGUUCAAACCUCACGCUAUAUCGAACAUGUCUGUGUACAGUGAAACCUGUAUUAAGCGGACACCGUAUUAAGCGGACACCCUGUAUUAAGCGGACAGUGGCCAAAGUCCCGAAAUUUAUUUCCCUUAUUCGCUUUAAAUGAAACCUUUAUUAAGCGGACACCUCUAUUAAGCGGACGGGGGCACCUUAAAAGUACCUGAAAUAGUCAUUUCUAUUGUUACCAACCUGUAUUUUCGGACACUUGUAAUUUAAUUCCACUACCCAACAUGCCAGACACCGGAAAUGCGAAAGAUUACCUCGAAUUGCCACCCACAACUUUUUCGAUUUUUACAUCAAAAAACGUGACUUGACGAAUUUAUUUGAUUUGUUUCACAGUACAGUAUUGUUUUCUAUUUCGUUUGGUUUGUAUAGAGCUUGUUUCACUCAUCUGAUUUCUGCAAAUUUGAGUUGCAAUCUAUGUUUAUGGUACUAUGACCAAUUGGUCCACUUUGAUAAAGAAAUUAAUGCAAACGUAUACCGUCAAAGAAUUCUUAACAUUUCCACUGUUCAUUUGAAUGGCAUUUGACAUCUCAUAUGACGUUAUCUAUCGAAACCUGUAUUAGGAGGUUUCACUGUAUUUUCUUACGUUUAAAAUAGGGCAGGAGACCUGUGACGCUGGUUGGAUUUAGUUUGGGUGCAAGAGUGAUUUUCUUUUGUCUUGAAGCUUUGGCCAAGAAAGGUAAACCCUACUGUCUACAUCCACAAAAGAUAGCUGUUAUAUUUUACACCUUUAUCUUUUAGAGUACUAAGGAAUAGUGGAGGGCGGGCAGUGGUGGAAUUUUUGACGCGACGGAGAUAGUUUAAGUUUGAGUUUAUUGAUAGUAAAUAAACUAAAAAAGCUGAAAGACUGCGGGUAGUAGCAGGGGUAAACUUAAUUCCCCUUUCAAGGCUACUCUCCUUUCGUGAAUAAAAAAACCCUAAUAUUGCACUAAAAAACUCUAAAAUAUGUUAUAGGUAUAAUAAAAUGAGAUUUUUUACAAGGUAGCAGUUUAUGUCAGAGAGACCGUGUUGCAGCACUGGCCACACCAUAGGGUUGUUUCUAAGCUCAGCAUUUUUGAAUGGCGAGUGAAACGAGCUGCGCGGAAAUACGCGAGCGUCUUCUCUCGCGUGGCGCUCGUGCUUGAAUUCUCACUACAUCCCCCAAAUGGAGAGCUUGCUCGCAGGCUACUCUGCUUCCCAAGAAAAGUCCCCAGUGACACGCGAUAUGAGUAUGAGAGUAUGGGAUACUGCGAUAGACUAGCAUCUCAGACUCCUAGGUACUUCAUGCUACAGAAACCAGUAUAAGCUGCAGUUAUGUGAAACUCUUUGGCUCAUAUUACACUUUUACCUCUACAUUAUGAUUGACAUGAUUGACAAUGUAUUAUCCAAGUGUCGUAUGACAGCCUCGUUCCUUUUCCGCUUGCUGUGUUGUAUGAUGUUGUAUGUAUCCCUGUUGUUGUAGGAGCCCUGGGGAUUGUUGAAGACGCCAUUCUUUUGGGAGCGCCAGUCAGCGGUGAUGAGAAAAAGUGGCGAUUUGUUGGUCAAGUUGUUGCAGGAAAACUUAUCAACGGUUACUGCAGGUUUGUGCCUGAUUGGCUGUAAUUUGGUAUCCGUCUUGUGCAUUCUCAUUUUGUGAUUUUAUUACUCUUUCUUUUCUUUUCUUUUUUUUUUUUUAGCAAGGACUGGUUUUUGAGAUACGUUUAUCGUGCUGCUUCUGCCCAAUUAUCAAUAGCUGGAUUACAAGCAAUCAAGUGGAAAAAUCGAAGAAUGAUUAAUGUUGAUCUCUCUGAGCUGGUACGUCCCAGAUUUACAUGGGUCUUUUUACGAUGGAACUGUUGACUUCUUUAGUAUCUGAAAACAAUGAUAUCUGUCAACAAGUUAGGCUCGGAUAACCUGUAAACAGCCAGCAGUACGCCUUCGGAGUGGGUGAGGACAAAACAUGGACCAGGGGUCCAUGGAUCCCCACUUUGGACCGGGUCCAUGGACCACUUUCAUGGACCGGGCCCAUGGACCCCCUGUCAUGGACCGGGUCCAUGGACAGUUUUUUUAAUAAUUAGAAAUGAACAAAAACAGAAAUAGUGCAAAAAUAAGGUUAAAAAACAACAACAACAACAAACAAUGCUCGAUUGAUCAGUAAUGUUUAAUUGUGCUUACAUAGUGUAAAAAAAAGGGGGGGUGGGUACCUCAUGCCAAAAUACUGCUUGUUCCAAUGAAUUGUUUUCUCUUAUGUGUAGAUUAUGCUUCGGAGGAAAACCUUUUGACUGAGCAAAUGUAAAUUUUUGCCGCUUAUUUCAUACCGAGAGGUCGUAACACACAUAUUGAUUUUCUACCUCUUUUAAAAUGUAAAGCUGUUCAUUGCGGCUGAUCAAAAGGGUUUUAGGUUGUUUAUAAAUUUCUCCAAAGUGCAUCCUGGAUCUGAAUGAUUCUAAGCCACUUUCUUUUUGUCCAUGAAUGUCACUUUUUCCUGCAAUGUUUUUUCACGCUGGGCCCAGCGCCUUAGCGCUUUUAGCAGGACGAUUAUAAAUUCUCACGGAUAGUGAUUUACAGAUCCAGAUCUUGAAGAAGAAGAAGUGGCAGGGAUUGUAGCUUAAACUGAAGCUACAUCAACUAUGGAGAAUUGCGAUGUGACUCAGUCAUGAUUGCUCUAAAAUUCCUCUCUUGGUGAUAACUUUUGAAUCAGCUUAAUUUAACAGUCUUGCGACUGCACAUGUGCAAGCAGAGUGUAUGUCAUGUAAGCACAACUAAAUAUUUGUGAUCAAUCGUGAGCAUUGGUCGACAGCGUCUCGUCAAAUCUUUUUUGGGCACUAUUUCUGUUUUUGAGUGUCCAUGGAUCUGAUGCAAAACCUUCUUAUAAAAAUAAAAAAUAACUGUCCAUGGACCUGGUCCAUGACAGGGGGUCCAUGGACCCGGUCCAUGAAAGUGGUCCAUGGACCCGGUCUAAAGAGGGGGUCCAUGGACCCCUGGUCCAUGUUUUGUCCUCACCCCUUCGGAGCCAUCUCUUUACUAAUUCAUGCUUUCUUCUGUUUAAUUUAAACCAGUCUCUAAAAUAAAUCAUCUCAGCCGGGACUGUCUGACUUAUUUCAGACAAUCAAUCACACAGGUCUGAGAUGAUCUUUUUCCAAAAGAAUAUGUAUAUAGUAGAGACGUUCUGCGAAGGCCCAUAACCGGUCGCAAGAAAUUUUAAUUCAGUGUGGCUCGAUGUGGCGAUCUGAGCCUUCCUUGUUGUGUCUUGUCGUGUAACCCUUGUUUAACGACAAUCUUAGUAGUUAGAUUUGGUUCACUGAAACGUAGCCAUCAUUAUGAGGAUUUCUGUAAUCAUUUACUGCAAGAAAUGCAAGGCAUUUUGACAACGUCAUAGGUUGUGUAAUUUCAAAACUAUCAUUAAGCACGCUGACAUCAUAUGGCAUGCUUGCCGUCCACCCAAAAUGUCUCACUGGUAUUGUUGGUGGUUCAUAUGUCGAGAGUUCUUUUGCUCAAGUUUUAACCUCCCCUGAUGUAGAUGGUUUACCUUGUAAUAUUUGCUAAUCUGUAUUUGACUUUUUGUGAUUUUAGAUUGACGGUCACUUGGAGUAUUCAAACCCCGACAAAAUUAAAACUGUACUUGAAAUACUUGGAAUUGAUACCAAGUGUUGCGAAGCCGGCGCAACAGAAGCUGAAAUAGACUCUGAAAAUAUCUGCACUGUCAAUCAAACGGUACCAUCUCAUGACGAGGCUAAGAAAGUUGUCAUGGAAAUACUGGAAGAGAGAAUUAAAGUUGCGCUUGAAGUGUGCACAAUGACUCAUCAGUCCUCUGAAACAGAACAACAGGACCUGCACGGACACGUGAUAGUCACAUCUUCUGAGACAUAAUAUGAGUGUCAGUCUAAUAUGACAAGGAAAUGGACCCUUUGCAGAUUAAUAGUCACGUGGGACAAAAAUCGCUUUACUGUAGAGCAUGAAACGAGACGCAGCCAAACUUCGUCUCUUUCAAGAUCCGACUGUGUUGUUUGCUCUCCUCCGAGCAGCGAGCUUUUGUUGUACCAUGUGACUGUUAAGCUGCAAAGUGCCCAUUCAGCCAGUCUACGUCGAGAAGUGUAGUGGUUGCCAACCUUCUGCCAACUGAAUAUGAAUCAAUAUGUCACUUUUGAUAUGGACAGACUUUUUUUAAAAAAUACGCGCAUCUUCGGUUCGGGACAAUGAACUGGAAUACCGUUAAUAUUACGUGCUAAAUGAUUAUAUUAUGCUUACCAGUCACCGUACUAUAUUACAAUACGCCAUUUCCGAGUUACCUCAAGCCUCUGUUUCAAAGCGAGGCUAAGUGCAAAGCCAUUGAAGGCAAAUACAACUUAUUCUCAAAAGAAAAGUUUUGAUCUUAGCCUCGUUAGAUUUGAAAGUGAGUUUUUUGAACUUGGAAAUGGUCUAUUUAAUGACAACACAAACACACGAGGGUGUGUUCAUUUGGGGAGAUUAAAAGGCUCAGGAUCUAUCGGACCAUGGUGCAUAACAGAGCAUCAAAGGAACCGCUAUCUGGACAAGGAUUCAUCAGUACUCCUGAGUGACUGUAGAUCAUGAAUCCUGUUGCGGAUCAUCCAAAAAGAACGUAUCCCAAGUUAAAAGACAUGAGGACAUUUCAUAAAUUAGUUAGCAAAUUACCAGCUCACUUGAU